GCCUGCCACAGGAGGAGGUGUGUCCGCCGGAGCCAAAAGUCUCCCUGCAUGCGAGUGUGAGCUCACACACUGGAAGAGGAGGAGAGUGGAGGAGACGAAAAGAAGCCAGAACCGGGGAUCCUCUGAGGGAUGCGAGAGGGGAGCCAAGGAGCAGGAGCGCCUUUCAGCCCCGCGGGGGAGCUCAGGCGCGCGGGCAUCUCACUCCGACGGACCGAGCGCCGUCUCCCCGGCAACCGCCAUGGGCUGCAAUUUGUGCACCUUGCAGAAACGGGAGGAGCACUACAAGCUGCUCUACGAGAUUGCACAGGUGAACAGGCGUAACUUCUCCAAGGUGGAGCAGGAUGAGACGGCGGCGGAGGCCGUACGACGAGAUCCCGUCGUGGCGUCGGAGGAGGAGGGUUGCGUCGCCGACGUGUGCACGCAAACCGACAUCACCUUCGAGCACAUCAUGGCGUUGGCAAAGCUCCGACCGGCGACGCCGCCCGUGCCCGACGUCUGCCCGUUCUUAUUGUCUGACAGCUGCCAUUCUCUCCACACAAUGGAACACGAGUUCUACGAAUGUCCUGAGUACCUGUCCAAUAUACCUGCUGAAGUGGAGCGGACUGAAGAGUUUGUUUAUGAGGAAGUGGAGUUAUGCAAGCAGAACACUCAAGAGAAACUGGGCCUAACGUUGUGCUACCGGACGGAUGAGGACGAGGACAUGGCCAUUUACGUCAGCCAGGUGGAGCCCAACAGUUUAGCAGCAAGAGACGGACGCAUUAAGAACGGCGAUCGUAUUCUACAAAUAAAUGGCCAUACGGUGCAUGAUAGAGAGAAGGCAGUUUCCUUGCUAUCAGGAGAACAUGGAAAGAGCAUCGUCCUGCUGGUGACGAGGCCAGAGACACAGCUGGAGGAUGAUGUGUGGCUUGACGAUGAGCAACAAGAGCUGGUGAAGGAACUGAAGAUGGAGAUUCUGGAGGUGGGGAAGAAGAAUUGCAGCCGCAGGCAAGACGAGGGUCAAGAGGAAAGGACAACGGACGCAGCGACCUGCUCCUCCAACAGCCAAGACAAAGACAGCGGGUUCGGGUGCGGUACCGACAGUCCCGAGCACCAACCGUUAUCGGCCGGUCUUUGCAGGAGAAGUCCAGCUCAGUGUUUGAGGGACCAAUGGCGAGCCCAGAAUCCACACAGCAAGCGAGGUGCUCUGAUUCCACAGGACAAGCAAAGGACAGCAAGUCAAGGCCAAGGUUGCGAAGGGGUAGUGAGCGUUCACGACGGUGGAAGUGGGAUCUUGGCUCUGGAGAAUCACUUCCAGCAACUUCUGGAAGUCAAGUGUCAAAUCCGGAAGGGCGUGGAGUGCGGGGUGUACUCCAUUCGACACAGUAUCGAGUGCAGCCUCACGGAACAGGGAGGUGGACCUGGAGAUAGCGCUGAGGAGGCUGAGGAAGGUGAAGGGGUGGAGCAAGAGCUGAGGAUGUUGAAUGAAGAACUACGCAGCAUUGAGCUCGAAUGUCAGAACAUCAUGCAGGCCCAUCAGCUCCGCCGGCAGACGGAUGCCUUAACCCCGCCGUCUUCUUCACCGGGUCGUAGGCUCAAGAACCACGGCAGACUGGCAGACAUUUACGAACACCCCAAGAGCCGAGAAAAAGAUAACUCCAGUGCCUACAACACAGCCGAGAGCGCACGGUCCACCCCGCUGAGGGUGGAGCCAUCUCCCGAGCACUCCCUGCAGAGACGCAUCAGCAUCGCCAACCAGAAGAACCUCCAAAUGGCCUCCAGCAGCUCCAUCCCUGUUCCUAAGUCUCAGGGCUCACCGGAACAUGGUGCACCAGCAGAUCCCGUUGUUUUCUCAAGCAGCCCCGAUCAGAGUAACCCCUCUCGAUCCGAGUCCGACCCGGCGCUGCCUGCGGACGAUGAACGCUGUGAGAAAAAGGGGAGAACCAAAGAUCCAAAAAGAAAAUCGCCGUUUGCCUCAUACCAAACAAGUCCUUACCACGGCUCGCUCGGAUCCCGGCAACUUCAGGGCUACAUGCAGCUGCUACAACAGCACUCUUCCUUGGAGUAUACCCAGAGCCAGCUGAGUCUCCUGAGCGUCUGCCGGGAUCCGCUGAACCGUAAUGCUCGCUCCGGGGAACCUCGUUUGGAGUGGAAGGUCAAAGUGCGAGCGGACGGUUCCCGCUACGUGGCCCGGAGACCGGCUCGAGACCGUAUCCUUAGAGAGCGGGCGCUCCGGAUCCGAGAGGAACGCAGCGGCGGCAUGACCACGGACGACGACGCCAUGAGCGAGAUGAAGAUGGGUCGCUACUGGAGCAAGGAGGAGAGGAAGCAGCAUCUGGCGAGAGCCAGGGAGCAGAGGAAGAGGAGGGAGUUCAUGCAGAAGAGUCGCUUUGAGUGUUUGAAGGAGGGUCUGGCCAGCGGGGUCGACGCCCACAAGGAGCUCAACAUCCUGGAACUCAGUCACAAGAAGAUGAUGAAGAAACGCAACAAAAAGAUUCUGGACAAUUGGAUGACCAUCCAGGAACUGAUGAGUCACGGGGCUCGAGUCCCAGACGACUCCCAAGUCCAUAACGCCUUCUUGUCUGUUACGACGGUGUAGGAGAAUGUUUACAGUCUGUUUUUUGGCAAAGACCGUUCUUGC